UUUUUGUAUAUUGCAUUCUGCAAACAACACACCAUGUCUUCACUGAGACACAUAACUGAUGAUUUAAAGAGGCCCCUAGCAGAAAAUGAAGUAUGGACGUUGCUUAAUUUGUCACUGGAGUCACUCUCUGCUAGUUAUAGAGGCUUUAAACCCAGUCGUCAUUUAAACAAAUCCUCCGUGGGUCCUUUCCUGAUUAUAUCAGUAGAUGGGUUACUUUUAUAUAGGAACAGUGUCCAAUUUAAUUCAGGCCUACAAAGUGAAGCAGCAUCUGAUGUUGCAGCCCCUGAGCUCCUGAAAGAAGAUGGCGGUAUCAAUAGCAUGGAGGCCUUACAGAAGACUCAUAUUUUCAGCCUUGGGUCAGUAUUGAUGAUGGUGAUGAGCACUGACGUCACGUCUUAUAGUCAGAAGCUAAUUGAUACACUGCAUUUGAUGAUACAGCUGGACCCAACCCGUAGACCUUCGCUUCAAAACAUUAUGCGGAUUGCUCAAGAAGAAUUAGAUAACCAUCAGAAUGAUGUGUCCUCUUUAUUUGACUCCAUCAAUGAAAUGUGGGAAGGCUCUAGUCAUGGAGAGCCAAACUUAGCAGCAGAGAUAGCUGAAAUUGAACCAACUCACAGUGGAGGGAGUUCACUUAGCAUUAACAGCCAUGAAAGCACUGAUCCUAUGAGCCGUCCUCCAAGCGUUGGCAGCUACAAGCGCCCGUUCAGCUGGUCAUCUCAGGAGAGACUCAAAAUCAAAGAUCAAGAGAAGUCCCAGUUUUACACUCCGGUCAGAAACAGGAGAAAAGAAGGCGAUGAUACCUUACCUCCUCUACCACCUAGCGUCAGUCGUAAGAAACCUCACAAGAUCCCAGCAAUGGAUGGAGGGGAUAUACCAGUACUCCCGCCUCCUGUGGUUGCUCCUGGGUCUCCUUUAAAGGUCCCUCCCCCUAAGCCUCCUCGUAGUGACCUCAUGCUCACUUCGACACCUAACGCUCCAGGGAAACGCUCCGUAUUGGAUUCUGUUAAGAUGAUUGAGAAUAUUCUUGAGAGCAAUAGUGCCCCUGAUCUACUGAGCAAAGAUUUGUCUACGAGAGAUUCAAGCAGUACUCCACCCCCACAUUAUAAAAUACCCGUUGACUUAUUCACAGAUACAACAGCGGAUGAUGUUAAUGAUGAUCCAACUCCACCUCCUCUUCCUACAGUUUCACCUCCAGCAACCAUGUCUCCUCCUAAACCUUCUUCCUCUCCUGUCGUCUCUCCUGUCAACUAUCACGAGUCGCUGCACGGAUCUAAAGAUACUUUCGAAGACAAGGAUUUUCUCGUCCCUCCAUUGUCUGCCCCUCCUGCCCUUCCUGAUAGUACUUUUGACUACACUAGUAGCCUUAAUUUCACUCAAUCACUUACUGAGGAGUCGGUUGGUGCCAAUGAGUUUAAGUUAGAUCACGUUGAUUCUGAGACGGCACAGAAAUCAACUCUUGAUGACGACUCUCAAAAAAAUAAAGAAGAAGACUCUGAUGAAGCUCCACCUCCUGUACCGCCCAAACGAACACGUUCUGUAAAGGCAGAUCCUUCUACAGCUACUGACACGGCUCCUGUUAAAGUUGAAGCAGUACAUCUACCAGUACUGACAGUCAAUGAAGACUCAACCUUACCAUCAACCAAUGACCAGAGGCUACUUUUAACUUCAAUGGAUGAUGAUAGUCCUGGCCCAGUAUCUGAAGACACUGCUUUAAUAUCAACUGAGCGUCAGCAGUUCCCUGAGACACAUUCAUCAGUGGAGGAACCUCACAAGUCUUAUGUAUUGCCUCCUGGGGCAUAUCCAGGAUCAGUGGAGGACAUGAUGUCUUAUGGACAGGUUGAAGUUAUUGAGUCUUCCCUCUCGCCAUCUUUUUCAGACAUCACUGAUGCUCAUAACUCUCCUACAAAGAUAAAUAAAGUUUUAGGAAAAGAUGAUGAGUCUCCUCAAAGCUCUAAAUUAAAACGAAGGAACUCGCAGAAGUUCCAUCUCGAGAGUCACGUUGUCAAGAUUGAAGCACUGGGAAUGACUUCAACUCAUUUACGGAUCAAACCAAACGCCACUGGUCUGGAGCUUCUGUCUGAAGCAGCUAAGAAACUGUGCAUAGCAGAUCAAGCAGAAACGCUUGGGAUCGCUAUUGAAAUUGACGAAGAGUACAUUUUUCUUGAGCCUGAUAAAAAAAUUCACAAGUAUGCUCCAAUCGGUUGGAAGAAGUGGAAGCCCGGCUCUGGUAGAAAUAUGCCACGAUUUGUAGUACACCUAAGAGUGAUGUAUUUCCCGUUGAACAUCAGCAUGCUGUCAAUGAGAGAAUCAAGACAUCUUCACUACGAGCAGACGUUUCAUGACAUUCUUGACAGGUUGGUUCACGUAACUAAAGAAGAAGCCAUCAUGCUGGCCGGCCUAGCGCUUCAAGCUCAGUUUGGAGACUACAGAGGGCAAGUGAACUAUUUCAAACCGAUCCACUACCUCCCAAAGAAUGUUUUGAGGGAAAUGAGGAAUCAAAAUGUUCAUGAAACCCUCCGAGCGAUCCACGAGCAAAGGAAAGGUCUAACAAGGCAAAAGGCUGAGCACCAGUAUUUAAGAGAGGCUGCAAAGCUGGCAGACUAUGGCUACAUAUAUUACAGAGUUUCAUUGACCAAAGACUGGAGUGAUGAUUGUGCCUUUCUGCUUGGAUUCAGUACCAAAGGACUAAGACUCUGUCACGAUGAAUCUGAUGGAACAAGAACAAUCGAUCUGCAAUGCCCAUGGAAAACAACAACUAAAAUUGCCUUUAAAAAUAACAUUUUAUUGCUUGAGGUGGUUGGUCAAGAUCCCAUACAAGUAUAUGCUGAUGAUUAUAAGAGGGCUAGGUAUUAUGUCAGACUGUCUCAAAUGUAUCACUUUUUUGACCGCUCCUAUCGCGAUUGCUCAUACCCUACUCCACUGGAUGUGAGGGAUGUCAUUAUUCACAAUGUGUUGGAUUACAGAGGCAGUUUUAUUGCUGUGAAGAUAGUAAAGCAUGAUAGUAAAGGCUUAGGGAUAACACUUACAGGACAUAUUGGAAAGUCUCAAAAAUUUGCUGAAAUCAAAGCUAUCAAGGAAGGUACCCCAGCAGCUGUUGAAGGCACGCUGCAAAUUGGUGACUUACUGGUUGAAGCUAAUCGACUUGCUUUAAUAAACAAAUCCCACAAAGAAGUGGGUAAGAUUUUAGCAGAGCUACCACCCCGAAUUGAGCUCAAAAUAUUUCGUCGAGCAAACUUCAGAAUAGAGGAUAGUUUGUUACUCAAUGUAACUGUUGAGAGAGCUGAUAAUCGUGAAUUGAGUUUCAGUAACAUUGAAAUGGCAAGACUUCACAGCACAACAAAAGAUGAGAUUGAUGGUAUCAGAGAAUCAAGCUUCAUUGAACCAGAGCCACUACCAAACUCACUAUCAGUAAAACUUAAGAGACUCAGCACUGGAAGUGCUUUUGGAUUUUCUAUUGAACAUAAAGAUGAUUUGUUUCGUAUUAGCAAGAUAGUGCCAGGUGGAGCAGUAGAAAGAACUGGACAAAUAUCAAUAGGAGAUCAGUUACUGUCUAUCAAUGGAAACAGUGUUGAUGGGAAGAGCAAACAAGAUGUGUUUCAGAUCCUUAAGGAAUUUCCAGGGGAAGAGUUAGAGAUAGAAAUUGCACCAAGUAAAGUACCAGAAACUAAGAGAAAUGAAGAAGAUUCUGAGUGGUUGAGAACAGGAGAAGAUACUGAAGAGAAGCAAGAAGAAGCUACUGAUCGAGAUGAUGCUGUUUUCCAGCGUAAAGGGACACUAGUUACUGACUCAAGGAUAUUGGAUGAAAGUGGAGCCGCUCGAUCUUUAUCUCUAUCCUCUCACAAACUCAAAACUGUGAAAAUGACAAAGAAGAACAACAGCUUUGGGUUUGCUAUUAUGCGUAGCUCAAAGAAUCCUUAUUCAGCAGUUCAGGUUAAUAAGAUAACACCCGGAGGAGCGGCUGAUGAAACAGGAGCUGUCUCACUGGGAGAUCAUAUUGUAUCUGUUAAUGGAAUCUGUGUUGAUGGGAAAGGCUAUCAAGAGGUACGUGAGUUGCUCUGUAAAGCUGGAGCAGCACAUGAAAUGGAGCUUGAGCUUUGUCCUCAAGACGACGGAAGUCAUGUGACCAUUACACUUGAUAAGAGUAAACCGCUCGGACUACGAAUCAAAGAAGGCAAUAAUGGAUCCAUUGUAGUGAGUGAUAUCAUUGAAGGAUCACAAGCACAGAAAACCGGUCAAGUCCACAAAGGAGAUGAAUUGGUUGAAGUCAAUGGCACUAGACUGCGUGGCCUGCCAUUUAGAGAAGCAACUGAACUAUUGCUUCGAAGUGAUUCACCACUGUACAUAUACAUAAAGAAAUCUCCUGUGAAUGUGUUUCAUAUGCUGUCGCAAAUCAAGGAAGAUCAGUCAGAGUUAGAAUCAGAAUCUAAACCAACAGAUGAUGAUAAAUAUAUUCAUUUUACUGUUACAUUGACCAAAGGAACCAGAGGGUUUGGAUUUAAGAUUAGGAAAGGCCUCUCAGAUCAACGGGAUGAAAGAGGACUUUUUAUAGCAUCAGUUGAUUUUGACCCAGCUUUGAGUGAUGGUCAGCUGCACAGUGGAGAUGAAAUUAUAAAAUUUAAUGGUAAUAAUUUUAUUGGGAUACCUAACGAUCGGGGAAUUGACAUAAUGAAAUAUGCUGCUGAUACUGGAGUAAUGGUCAUCAGAAGACGAAAGGAUGUUCAAUCGAGUAUUCAUGAAUCUCAGGACACAGGAGCUAAUGCUAGUGCAUUGCUUACACAAGAGGUAUCUCCUGAAGAUGGCAAUGCAGCUAGUAACAGUAUCGAACUGAAGACAUUGACUAAAGGAAUAGAAGAAUAUAAGGAGCAAAAAGAGGAAGAGUCAACUGCAAAUGAUGUUGAAGAAACUUCAAAACCAGUUGAACCAGUAUCAGAAGAGCUAGUUGAACCAGUAAAACCAGCUGAGCAAGAACGAGUAGAAGAAUCAGUGGAAAUGCAAUCAGAAGAAUCAGUGAGCCCAGGAGGACUGGCUGAAGCAAUUGAAAUCACUAAAGAAGAACCAGAAAAAUUAAUUGGGCAUGUUGCAUCAGGAUUGGAACCAGUUGCUACUGAACUGAUAUCAAAAGAAGAACCAGACAAAGUGAUUGAAGGAGAAUCAGAUGAACUUGCUGUCAAUACAAUGGAAGAACCAGAAGAUGCAGCAAAUGAAGGAUCAUCAGAAGUGACAGAACAAGAAGCAAUUGCUACUUCUCCUGCACAAUAAGUUUAUCUACUUUUUAGAGUGUAUUUUUGUAUAAAUUAUUAAUUUAUUAUAAUUAUAUAGCAUAAUUCUACCUAUCUAAUAAA